ACAACAACAACAGCAGCAGCAGCAACAGCAACAGCAACAGCACCGACAGCGCGCGAGCAGGCGACGGCGGAAGUGCCGCGGACGGGACGCCUGCGCCGCUAAACUUCUUCCGCAUGUUCAGGUUCGGAUCGGGGACGUCGGCUGCGAAUGGAAAUAGCGCCGGUGGCGAGGACGGGCCGCGAAUGGUGCCGGUAAUCAUCGUCGGUAUUCGGUCUGUGAAUUCAAAUUCGGGCGCUGGCGGCUCUGCUGCUGCUGGUGCAGGUGGAGCGGCCGCGGCUACGGCUACUACUGCUGCUACUACUGCUACCGCCACGGGAGCAACUGCAGGAAACGGAGCACAGACUGCGUCCGACGGCGCGAGAUCGUUCCUCGACAGCCUGCCUCUAUCGCUAGGAAGCAACGCGGCCUUCGGCGCAAGUCGCAGCAGCACGGGGCCCAGCAGCACGAGCGCGCCGGUGGGCAACGGCAGUGGUCGGCGACGCCGGCGAUCAGAAGACAGUCUUGACAUUGCCGGGCGGGCGGAGAGUGCCACGCGGCAGCGACGGGGAAGCUCGAUGCUGUUUGAUGACAAUGAUACGAUUUUAAGAUUGAGCGAUGAGGAAGAUGGCGAAGGGGAUGAUGGGGACGUUAUGAUUGGCGACGCGGAGCGGGUGAGAAGAGCGCAUGAGGCGCUGUACGCUGGGCCGCAGGAGGACGAGGAAGAGGAUGAAGACAGCUCGAGGUUUUCCUUGUUCCCGCGCAGCGGUCGAGAUCGCAGCAGUAACGCAAGCAAUCUCCGCCGCCGCGGCGGGCAUGGCAGACGACACUCGCCCUCUGCUGCUGCUGCUGCUGGCACCGGUGCUGCUUCAGAAGGCGGGAGCACAGUGCGCUCGUGGAUCAUCUACGUGCUAGGCGGGCAGUACCCCGAGAACCACCCGAUCCUAACUACGCCGUCGCUGUUCACGGACUCGCCGACGUACGAGGAUAUGAUGCUGCUGUCGAGCUACAUCGGGCCUGCGAAGCCGCCUGUUGCGAGCCGCGAGUCGGUCGAGGAGGCAGGCGGGAUCGUGGUCGCGGGCGAGGAGUUGGAUGGCGAGCGGUGCUUGGUUUGUCUUUCGGAUUUCGUGAGGGGAGAGAGGUGUCGCAAGUUGAACGAGUGUGGGCAUUUGUUCCAUCAGUCUUGUAUUGAUGAGUGGCUUACCACGGGCCGUAACUCAUGCCCUCUAUGCCGCGCCGUCGGCGUCGCAGAGUCAAAAGACGCUCCCUCAUCCGCCUCAGGUUCUGCAUCCGAAGACCGUCCAUCAGUGCUAUCAGCCUAAUUCCCAAACGGCAUAAUGUAAUCCCACAUUUUUAUUUCUCACUAAUCCGACACGGUGUGUCUUUUUUGAUUAUAUCGUUUUAAUCAGCGUUAGUUUUCUCGUUUGCAGUUUGUUUUGUAUUCUUUUUUGCAUGGCGCGGAGCAUGGGGGCGAUAUAUACCCUCCCUCUACUUAGUAGUUCUAUACAUUCAAGCUCAAUUAUCACGUUUUUAUGAAUAAAUAUCUUUUUACAAUGCAA